GCUGCGUGCAGUUGUCAGUGUUGUUUCUGACAGAGAAGGGUUGGGCCUCGAGAACUGGUCAAUGGUCAAACUGUGAGAUUAUUAGGAGAAUUUGGAUGAAUUGCUAGACACCGCCGCCAUGUUUCGAAACACCCUGGCAGAUCUGCACAACCCCAGCGAUGACAUCGUGUACGGGUUCACACAGCCCGAUGGCCUGCAGGGAACCCGCCAGUUUCACCACUGGCCUCGUUUUGGGGUGGACGAGGACGUCCUGGACAUCCCAUUGGAGGAUUUGGGUCACGAGGGGCGCAGGAGACGCUCCAUGUACGGCAAGAGGUGUGGCUUUACACCGGAGGAGAGAACCAAGCGAGUUAUCCUGUGUUUCAUAGUUGUCAUCGUGGUGAUCCUGCUAUUGGUGGGAGGGAUAUUUCCCGCCAUUUUCUUGAGCACCCAGCUGACGGCUCAAGAACAAGCAGCGAUUACUCCCGAAACUGAGUUUGUCGGCGGAAACGUGACCUUUGACAUUCCGUACGUUCCAGCCUACAACGACCCAACUACGGUGGAGUACCAGACCUUGGCUCAAAAUUUCAUCACGGAGAUGGACAACCUUUACAUGAAUGAUGAGGGUUACUUGCAAACUGUCGUACAUGAAGUUACACCCGGGAGCGUCAGGAUCCGCUUCGAAAGCAUUUACACGCAGGCAACGGACGCCAACAUACCCUUUAAAGAGACCUUCCGAGCAAAGCUAGAGGUAGAGGCGCAGACCGGCAACCUCGGCCAAUUUGUGUUCGUACCGUCCACACUUGUCGUCUUUGAUGUGUGUAAUCUGUACUGUUUCAACGGAGGAACGGUGAACAGAGCGAUCGAUGUGUGUGCUUGCAGUUGUCCAGACGGCUUUCUACCACCGUCAUGCCAAGCUCCAACCACCACAAUGAUACCGACGCAGCCUGCCACUACCACUGGAAAGCCCUUGACCACUACAAUAUCCCAAACCACAGGAGUCCUUGCCACAACUAAGACAUCCACCACCACUGAAAAACCAACCACAGCUGCACUACCCGCUAUCACGUCAACUGCGAAAAUGUCUUCCACCACCGAGUUGCCUGUCACCGCUCCAAAGACCAGCGCAGUCGAGCUGUCAGAAACCACGUCAAACCCCACAGUUGCGCAAAUAAGCACCGAAAUGGUGAUGACAACCGAGGAGCCUCAAACUACAGCAAUGCCAACCACAACCGUGUUGGCAACAACAGCGGAGCUAUCUACAACUGCAAUAUUGCCAACAACCCCAGCAAUUCCCACCACUGCGGAGUUGCCAACAACCACAGGUAUUCCCACCACCACGGAAAUUCCUACCACUACGGAGUUGCCAACAACCACGGAAAUUCCCACCACUACGAAAAUGCCAACAACCAUGGGAAUUCCCACCACUACGGAAUUGCCAACAACCACAGGAAUUCCCACCACCACGGAAAUUCCUACCACUACGGAGUUGCCAACAACCACGGACAUUCCCACCACUACGGAGAUGCCAACAACCACGGGAAUUCCCACCACUACGGAACUGCCAACAACCACAGAAGUUCCUACCACCACGGAGUUGCCAACAACCACGGCAAUUCCCACCACUACGGAGAUGCCAACAACCACGGAAAUUCCUACCACAGCUGAGCUGUCAACUGUUCCAGGACCAAUUCUACAUUGCCAUGCAUUUGAGUACAGGCGUAACAAGUUAAGGUUAGACUUUCCACAUAACGACCAAAUAGUGGACUAUUGGCAUCGUGAUUUCCCCUACCCAAGGUUUCCUUUUUGUCUGGUUUUCAUCGAUGAGCCAUAUCCCGCGGGUCCGGAUGGAUUUGAGUGCCCGGACUCCACUACCUUAGAUUACUACGUUGAAUGCCUGGAGCACCACUAUCGAAUUCUUGAGAGCAGAAGUCAUUGUAACCUUACACAGUCGACAUCUUGCCCCUCCCUGGAAGAGUUAUACCGCGAAAUCAACGAUACGUUUGGUACCGAUAACCCAACUUCCCCCAUCGUGCUCGAAAUAUUCACGUCAACUACAUUCCGUGAGUGCCUGGCGAUUGGUGACAACGCCACUCGAACCGUCUCAGACGAUGUCGAGUGUCCACCCGCCGAAGUUGUACAACAGCAUGCUGAGUGUUUAGAUUACCAUUUCGGUAGUGUUGUCUUGAAUGGUCAGACUUUUACCGGAAACGCCAGCGGUGUUUGCAAGGCACCGCCGAUGUAUUGCCCGUCGUUUUUGACCUUCCUUGAUGGAGAUUUUUUGUUCGAUUAUAUUAUUGGCGGCUGCGGUUGCGGUAAGAGGAGACGUAAACGUGACCAUGGUUUCUCAUACAGUUCUGAAUCAUUGCUACCAAUAGAAUUGCUCCCAUCUUUAGCUGGUGCACAAGGACGUCGUGGCUGUUAUAACGGCUUUGCUUACCCCCGGCUACUGUAUUGCUUGGACAAUCCAAGCGAUGAUUCAAUAUGUCCCGAUGAGGCAGUGACCCAAGAGAUGUGGCUUUGUACUGAGUACCAUUUUGGCAAUCCCGACGCCGAAAGUUAUCCUCAUCUCUCUCCCGAGGAUUGUCCAUGUUUGGACGAUUUUCUGGAGAUGCUUGAGGCGACGUUUGGGCGGGAGGAGCCUCCAGACUGCGUCUGCAACGAUCGCCGCUACUUCGUCGGCAACAAUUCUGCUGAGAGUCUCAGCGGAAUGCCUUCUAUGGACCUGUGUGGGUUUGUCAAAGAUUUUCCUUUCCCGCUCUUAACACACUGCCUGAUUGAGCUGUAUAGUGACUUGCUACCGAGCAGCACCAACGAGACCUUCAUUUGCCCAGAGCCGGAGGUGUUGGACUACUUCGAUAUCUGCUUGGACAACCUGUUUGGAAGGCGUGAUCCGCCGGAUGGGUGGAACGGAACGUGCCCUUGUGCCGACGAGCUGUACCAGGAACUUUACGACACCUUUGGUUAUGACCUUCCUGUUAACUUCGUCAACGAAAUCAACCGGGGCUGUGUCUGCCUCGGCAAUGAAAGCUUCGACGGGGAGAAGUUUGACGAGCUGGAAUUCGCCGUGGAUAGGUACAAAGACUGCGUCGAGGAUCCGUCGACGACUUUUAACAACGGGACCUUCCCUUGUCCGGCUCAAUUUUAUGAAACUUUUCACGGCUGCUUUGAGUUUUAUUUUGGGAACUACUCGGCACCCUUGUACAGAGAAUGCCCGCCACAGGACGAAUUAAUCGAGGUGUUUGUGGACACGUUUAUGGGUGACGAUGUGCCAACAUUUGAUUGUAAUAUGCCUACCGGACAUUAGAUUGCAACCUCUCAAAUCCUUUCCAGACUUGGAAUUAUCGACUGGAAUAGAUAUGAAAAUGUACCCAAAAUACCCAUAUAGUGAUCACUGAUGAAAACAUUAUUUAAAACGAAACAAUUGUGGUUUUGGGGGUUUUUGUUGUUGUUUUUGAUGGUAUCGAUGACAUUGUUCAUGACUUUCUAUUAAGAUUUUGACAUGAUUAAUCAAUUUUAAUCAGUUUUCGUAAAAUCUCAUCGUUGAAAAGUCUCGUGUAUCUAGCGUCGGUUACAAUGGAGAAGUUAAUUUUAAUGCUGCCUGGCAAAGUGGAAAUGCAGCCAAAACUUACAUAUUGACGACUGUACGAGGUUUUCAUCGUACUUUGAGUAUUGUCAUGCGAACAUUUAUAUACACAGAAGCAUACUGUGCCCAAGCCAAACAGCCCAUUGUUAAUGUUCCUUUAUUGCACUGCUAGUGACCCUGGUCAAAGCGUGAAUUUGCGCCAAAUGUAGCUGUUAUUGCUAUAGAUAAGGGAUGUUGAAGUCACCCAUUGGUAAUAUUCCUACAUCGCGCUAUUACUGAACCUGGGCAAAGUGGGAAUUUUGGUCGUUUUUUUUUUUACUUUUCCUUACACAUUGCUAAUUAUUCCUACAUUACGCUUCCAUUGAGCCUGGACAAAUUGGGAAUUUCUUUCAAUUUGAUAUAACUGCUAUAAAUAAGGAGUGUUGAAAUUACCUAUUGGUAAUAUUCCUACAUUGCGCCACUAUUUAACCUGGGCAAAUCGGGAAUUUCGUAAAAUGUUGAAUUGAUUUGCAAUAAAACAGGGGUGUUAAAAUAACACAUGGUUAAUAUUCCUGCAUUGCGCUGCUACUGAACCUGGGCAAAGUAGGAAUUUCUGUCAAAUUUGAUGUAAUUUCUAUUGUAAAGAGGAGUUGAAACUACGAUUCCUACAUUGCGCUACUGCUGAACCUGGGUAGAAUGGGAAUAACGUUAAUUCUAUGUACUUUGCAUGUCGCGCAGUUUUGGAAUUCCCACUUUGCCUGGGGCAAAUUCCAAAUUAACCCAGAUUCACACAUUGCGCGUCACAAGCUUGAUACGCUUGAUAACUCGGCAUGUAUACGCGAAAGCUUAUCUGCGCCAUAGUGUGUGGUGGUAUUCUUGUACAGUUUUUUUUUUCCAAUGACUUGUACUCAGUUUUAUAAUCGCAGCUUGGGAAGACUGCACUAUAUGUGUAUGCAUCGUUUAAGGUUACGGGUAUGUACAAUAAUUUUGAAAAAAAGUUCAUUAACACUGAAAUUAAGGGUAUUUUUGGUAUAUGUAUCUAAGAGGUAUGAAAUACUCUUGUAAUCCAAGUUUAGUGCCAAAAAAAAAUAAUCGAAUUAAUGGAUUUAAAUACUUAAAAAAUAUAAAUGGCACACCGAAGGUGUUCUGUAGAAAUGCAUUCUUUCUUGGACUACAAGGUAGCCAUCCCUUUUUGUCAUAAACACCAUACGCUGGGGCCGGGGAGGGGGUAGGGGCUGUUUACGCUUGUCAAAAAUAAAUAUUAAUGAUCAUAACGUUUAACUCCGUGAUAAGCAGACAAAUCUUCAUUAAGUGAGAUUUGAGGCUUUGCAUGGUGGAGAUAUUUAUAAAUGAAAGGUUUGCGGAAACACCGUGUGCGAAUAAUUUCUCAACUAAGAAUGAUGGUUCUGAAAAGA